AUGCUUCGACGAGUUUACAUUGUUCUUACGGUUGGAGUUCUUGCUUCUAUUGUUGUCGGUGCUGCUGUAGUGCUUCGGAAGCUCGUGCGUGUCAAAAACUACAAAAACGUGGGAAGAGCAAGUACAACCGUCGGAGCAAUAGAAGCUGUGGCUCAUGUGCCGAUAUGCGAGAAGUUCUCCUAUAGGGACGAGCUAGAACAAACAAAAAUCCAUUAA